CUGUAGUAUGUUCUCUAGUGAAUUGAGAGUCAUUGUUUUGUUUUGUUUUUUGCAGGACUCAGUAUGUGGUUUCUUGUUCUCCUCCUUCUACCUCCCGCUUCCCAGACAGCAGACAAAUCUGACGGAGAAUGGGUGCAUUUGCCUAGCAAGUGUGAAGGUAGUGUGAUAGUAAUUAAGUUCUAUGUUUGUCUGAAAAUAGGGCAGUAGUUCCAGGUCUGUUUAAGCACCAAAAUGAUCUUAAUGGUCUUAAAGAUGCUGCCACCUUUGGCCUGGCUCAUGAAAACUGUGCAGCUUCUUAUAAAUAACACGGUUUACAUUUAGCAAUUUCACACAGACCGCUAUUAGAGGUUCCAGUACGGAAAGUAUUCAUUAGUUGAAUCAUUUUGCCGUCCAAUGUCUCCUUACUAUGUUUGAUUGAAAAGCAAUGGUUUGGAGAAUCACAAGAUUGCACUUGAACCUGUGAGUCCUCAAAGCAUUUGUAUGAGAAGUAUCACCGUCUGAUUCUAACCUGGUUGCUCUGGUAAUACCAUUAAACUUCCCUCAGUACAGGCCUCACGGACUUCAGAGCUCUGUUUUUUAUGUAAUAUUUAGUCUAUGAUAUACAUUUACUUGUAUUCUGGGCAAUCUUCUUAUUUCAUAUUUGCUGGCUUGUAGAUUGGAUGGUUUACUACUGUAGGCUACCCCACUGUAACGGACCGUUUCUCUCACAAGAGGAUAAAAACCGUUUAGGCGAUAAUCCCCUUUCCCAUAGACCAGCAGCUACUGCAAGCACCAAACUCCCGAACUGCAAACUGUACGAAUUCACCAACUCCCGAACUGGAAACACACGAACACUGGAAUCAGCCGAACAGGAAAAGCAUACAAUCCGUUUACACUCCUGGCAGUCAGCAUACAAUCCAAUUCCCCCCAAAAUCGAGACGACACAUCGGUUUGAGGGUCAAGCAGAAUCUCCCUGUACUGUCACAUACAGUCUCAUUUAUUCCCAAUCCACAAACAUAGUACAGCCCACAGGGCGUUACAAAACAACCAAUCAAUCCGUACAAUACACCCAGACACUCCCACACAAAAUCCUCCCCUCUGCAGGUGAUAUGAUUACUGAACACAAUGGGUAAUCUCAUUAUCACCGGCAGAGGAAUACAGUUUUUACACAAUAUUUAUAACUUCUAAAAUAUACAUGUCACAAACAUAAAACAUACAUUUUCAUAAUCAAUCCAUUCAGGGAACAACAUAUUAAAAAAUGGCACGAAUCAGACCAGGGGUUCAAAAGUUAAGGGAAAGUCCUUUGUGACUAAAUGAAGCAUGGCUUUCUGGCCCAAACCAGUUUCAGAGUCUUCUAUCCUGGAGAGUAAUUCAAUUAUCUCCCAGGACAGACACAAGACUCCAUUAAGCACAUGGUUGCAAAAAGACACAAAACACUUUAAAAUACAUAAAGUCACAUUUACACAUAACACACAGACAUUUCACAUAUCCCCAGAUAGCUGGGAUCUGAGUGCACAUUAUUAGAUGAAUGGCACUCAGAUCACACAAAUAAGCCUUUCUGCAGGGGAAAUAAACGGUUUAACCUGCAGGGCCAUAGUCCAAAGGGAGCAGGCGAGCAACCAGGCUUCUCCAGUUCACAGUGGCGAGGUUGGUUUUGCCACACCCACCAUCUUAAAAUAUCCAGAUAGUCCUCAGCCACAAUGAGAGAGACUUGAUCUGAGGCCAUGCAUUCCUAUCUCCAGCAAUAGUUGUGACCCUGUUCACAAACAAUGAUUGAAAUGCAUGUCCUCCUGUAGCUAAGACAGUGCAGAUAUAGUGUGUUGUGCAUGUUUGAAUUCAAUAAUAUUGUGUGUUUGGAAAAGAGCUUGGUGGAAUAUGGAUAAUGUAUAGGAAUGUGGUAUCAGGAAAGUGGAGGGGUAGGUGUAUUUGGCUCAGUUUAUAGGUUGUGUGGGAUUGAUAAUGUGUUUGGGGGUCUUGGGAUAGUGUAGAGGGGCAUGGUGGGAAUAGGGUAGUGUAUAGGUUGUGUGGGAUUGAUAGUGUGUUGGGGGGUCUUGGGAUAGUGUAGAGGGGCAUGGUGGGAAUAGGGUAGUGUAUAGGUUGUGUGGGAUUGAUAGUGUGUUGGGGGGUCUUGGGAUAGUGUAGAGGGGCAUGGUGGGAAUAGGGUAGUGUAUAGGUUGUGUGGGAUUGAUAAUGUGACAGGGGGCAUGAUGGAAUUGGUACAAUGUGGCAGGGAGGGGCUUGGUGGAAUUGGGAUAAUGUAUAGAUUGUUUGGUUUGAUAAUGUGGUAGUGGGACAGUUUAUAUGGGCAUGGUGGGAUUGGGAUAGUGUAUAGGUUGGGGGGGCUUUGGAUAGUGUACAGGGGGUUUGGUGAGAUUGGGAUCGUGUAUAGUCAGCUUGGUGGGAUUGGGAUGGUGUAUAGUCAGCUUGGUGGGUUUGGGAUGGUGUAUAGUCAGCUUGGUGGGUUUGGGAUCGUGUAUAGUCAGCUUGGUGGGUUUGGGAUGGUGUAUAGUCAGCUUGGUGGGUUUGGGAUGGUGUAUAGUCAGCUUGGUGGGUUUGGGAUGGUGUAUAGUCAGCUUGGUGGGUUUGGGAUCGUGUAUAGUCAGCUUGGUGGGUUUGGGAUCGUGUAUAGUCAGCUUGGUGGGUUUGGGAUCGUGUAUAGUCAGCUUGGUGGGUUUGGGAUGGUGUAUAGUCAGCUUGGUGGGUUUGGGAUCGUGUAUAGUCAGCUUGGUGGGAUUGGGAUGGUGUAUAGUCAGCUUGGUGGGUUUGGGAUGGUGUAUAGUCAGCUUGGUGGGUUUGGGAUGGUGUGUAUACCUUUUACAGUCCACCACAUGGUGCAUAUUUUGUCCACAGUUUGUAAAUAUGUGGCAGUGGAGCUCAAGUCCUCUUUUCAUGAGACAUCUCGGAAGAGAGAGGUGAUUGAAACUCGCUAUGGAUUCCUCGAAGAGGACAAAAAGAAAAAGAAGAUUAGAUACACCAAUUCGUGAGUUGUAGGAGAAAUUAAAUCUGUGUUGUGUACUUGGACCUCCUUUCCUGUUGUUCACUAUUCAUCACCUGCCAGCUUCUGUGGCCUUUUAGCCAUUCAUAUAGUCAGUAGGUCUAUCACCGGGCCAGAUUCACCCACUGUGCCUGUUGACAGCUGCCUUGCAAAUUGAAAAAAUAAUUGCAAUCUCUCCCAUAUUGAUAUUUAUUCUUACUGGAUUAUUGUGACCUACGAUAUGAAGGUCUGCUGUAAUCUCACGUGAGCUCCUGUUUUUGGAAUAGAUACCUGUAUGUUCUCUGUAAGUGACCGUGUGUUGUUCCCAGGGACAUUCGGCUGAUUGAAGUCACGGAGGGCCUUUGUCAAAGGCUCCUGGAAUACAAUUUGCAUAAAGAACGCAGUGGCAGCAAUCGAUUUGCUAAGGUGUGCGAUUUAUAGUGACCUUUACAUAGUACUAAUUCACCACAUAUACAGACCUCUGUACGGUAAUUCACCACAUAUACAGACCUCUGUACGGUAACUCACCACAUACCGUAUCUCGCGAAAAUGAUUACACCCCUCACAUUUUGUAAAUAUUUUAUAUCUUUUUUUAAUGUGACAACACUGAUAAAAUGACUCUGCUGCAAUGGAAAGUAGUGUACAGCCUGUAUAACAGGGUAAAUUUGCUGUCACCUCAAAAUAACUCAACACACAGCCAUUAAUGUCUAAACCGUUGGCAACAUAAGUGAGUAUGCCCCUAAGUGAAAAUGUCCAAAUUAGGCCCAAUCAGCCAUUUUCCCUCCCUGGUGUCAUGUGACUCAUUUGUGCUACAAGGUCUCAGGUGUGAAUGGGGAGCAGGUGUGUUAAAUUUCUUUAUCGCUCUCACACUCUCUCAUACUGGUCACUGGAAGUUCAACAUGGCACCUCAUGACAAAGAACUCUCUGAGGAUCUGAGAAAUAGAAUUGUUGCUCUACAUAAAGAUGGCCUAGUCUAUAAUAAGAUUGCUAAGACCUUGAAACUGAGCUGCACAGACCAUACAGCGGUUUCACAGGACAGGUUCCACUCAGAACAGGCCGUGCCAUGGUCAACCAAAGAAGUUGCUCAGCAUCAUAUUCUGAGGUUGUCUUUGGGAAAUAGAUGUAUGAGUGCAUUGCCGCAGAGGUUGAAGGGGUGGGGGGUCAGCCUGUCAGUGCUCAGACUAUACGACGCACACUGCAUCAAAUUGGUCUGCAUGGCUGUGGUCCCAGAAAGAAGCCUCUUCUAAAGAUGAUGCACAAAAAAGCCCGUAAACAGUUUGCUGAAGACAAGCAGACUAAGGACAUUGAAUACUGGAACCAUGUCCUGUGGUUCGAUGAGACCACGAUAAAAGUAUUUGGUUCAGAUGGUGUCAAGCGUGUUUGGCAGCAACCAGGUGAGGAGUACAAAGACAAGUGUGUCUUGCCUACAGUCAAGCAUGGUGGGAGUGUGAUGGUCUCGGCCUGCAUGAGUGCUGCUGGCACUAGGGAGCUACAGUUCAUUGAGGGAACCAUGAAUGCUAACAUGUACUGUGACAUACUGAAGCAGAGCAUGAUCCUCUUCCUUUGGAGACUGAGCCGCAGGGCAGUAUUCCAACAUGAUAACGACCCCAAACACACCUCCAAGACGACCACUGCCUUGGUAAAGGUGAUGGACUGGCCAAGCAUAUCUCCAAACCUAAACCCUAUCGAGCAUCUGUGGGGUAUCCUCAAACGGAAUGUGGAGGUGCCCAAGGUCUCUAACAUCCACCAGCUCCGUAAAGUCGUCAUGGAGGAGUGGAAGAGGACUCCCGUGGCAACCUGUGAAGCUCUUGUGAACUUCAUGCCCAUGAUGGUUAAGACAGUGCUGGAAAAUAAUGGUGGCCACACAAAAUAUUGACACUUUGGGCCCAAUUUGGACAUUUCCACUUAGGGAUCUACUCACUCUUGUUGCCAACAGUUUAGACGUUAAUGGCUGUGUGUUGAGUUAUUUUGAGGGGACAGCAAAUUUAAACUGUUAUACAGGCUGUACACUUACUACUUUACAUUGUAGCAGAGUGUCAUUUCUUCAGUGUUGUCACAUGAAAAGAUAUAAUAAAAUAAUUACAAAAUGUGAAGGGUGUACUCACUUUUGUGAGAUACUGUAUACAGACCUCUGUAGAUAGGUUACCACAUAUACAGACCUCGGUAUGGUAAUUCACCACAUAUACAGACCUCGGUAUGGUAAUUCACCACAUAUACAGACCUCUGUACGGUAACUCACUACAUAUACAGACCUCUGUACGGUAACUCACUACAUAUACAGACCUCUGUACGGUAACUCACUACAUAUACAGACCUCUGUACGGUGAUUCACUAGAUAUACAGACCUUUGUACGGUAACUCACUACAUAUACAGACCUCUGUACGGUAACUCACCAUGUACAUGUAAAUAUGUAAAUUGUCACCUUGCCUCUUAUAAGCGUUUAUAUUAUCACAGGGGAUGUCCGAGACCUUCCAGACUCUCCACCACCUUGUCCAUAAAGGAGUAAAGGUGGUGAUGGAUAUUCCGUAUGAUUUGUGGAAUGAAACUUCUGCGGAGGUUGCUGAUAUGAAGAAACAGGUACAAGGAUAUCAGGGCAUCAAUCUGCUAUAAAAUGUCUGAGGAGGGGGUAAAUUAACUGUGAUUUGAAGGCUUGUUUCAACGAGGGGUGGGGGUGUAAUGAUAUAUGGGACAGUGAGGAGCACAGGGGCUAAAUAGAGCGUGCACUUCGUUACUAGGAGUGUUCUCGGUCUACAGUUGCUGUCUUUCACAGACUCACUUAUUUAUUGCUGUCCCACACUCACGUGCCAUUCUCUCUGAGUAUCUGUUGUUUUACUUAUUGACCGCCUCAUCUCAUUCUCACUCACUCAUCCAUUCCCACAGCCUAUAGUUCUUCUUCUCAGUUCCUCUUGUUCGCCUCUUAUUCUGGUGCCUACCCUGCCACAGUCUCUCAUUCCCUGAUGCCUAUCUUGCCACGGUUCCUGAUUCCUUGGGGUUCUGCCUGCCACGGUCCCUGAUUCCCCAGGGCUCUGCCUCCCACAGUCCCUAAUUCCAUGGGGUCCUGCCUCCCACGGUCCUUGGGGCCCUGCCUGCCAAGAUCCAUGAUUCCCUGGGGCUUACCCUGCCACUGUCCCUCAUUCUUUAGUGCCCACCCUGCCACUGUCCCUGCUUCACUGGUGCCCACCCUGCCACUGUCCCUGCUUCACUGGUGCUCACCCUCCCACGGUCUCUCAUUCCCUGGUGCUCACCCUCCCACGGGGUCUCAUUCCCUGGUGCUCACCCUCCCACGGUCUCUCAUUCCCUGGUGCUCACCCUCCCACGGUCUCUCAUUCCCUGGUGCUCACCCUCCCACGGUCUCUCAUUCCCUGGUGCUCACCCUCGCACAGUCUCUCAUUCCCUGGUGCUCACCCUCGCACGGUCUCUCAUUCCCUGGUGCUCACCCUCGCACGGUCUCUGUCUAUUGGUUUUCUCUGUUGAUAAUCUAAGUUUUCAGUUCUUUCUUCCUUUCCUCAUUCUUUUACUUCCCUGUCUCAUGUUUAAAUAACCUGCCUCUCUGCCCUGUACAGUGCGAAUUAUUGAUGGAGGAAUAUGAAGAGGUCAUUGAGGACUGGUACCGUAAUCACCAAGAAGAGGAUAUUACAGAUUUUCUAUGUGCCAGACAUGUACUGAAAGGCCAAGAUAAGAGUAAGUGUUAAACACACAGUAUAUAUGGAAUCUACCAGUCCUGCUUCUAUACAUCUAUAGAUUUAUAUAGUGUAUAAACAGAGCGAUCUCUGCUUCUAUCUAUCUAUGGAUUUAUAUAAUGUAUAAACAGAGCGAGCCCUGCUUCUAUCUAUCUAUGGAUUUAUAUAGUGUAUAAACAGAGCGAGCCCUGCUUCUAUCUAUGGAUUUAUAUAGUGUAUAAACAGAGUGAGCCCUGCUUCCUUCUAUCUAUGGAUUUAUAUAGUGUAUAAACAGAGCGAGCCCUGCUUCUAUCUAUCUAUGGAUUUAUAUAGUGUAUAAACAGAGUGAGCCCUGCUUCUAUCUAUCAAUGGAUUUAUAUAGUGUAUAAACAGAGCGAGUCCUGCUUCUAUCUAUCUAUCUAUGGAUUUAUAUAGUGUAUAAACAGAGCGAGCCCUGCUUCUAUCUAUCUAUCUAUCUAUCUAUGGAUUUAUAUAGUGUAUAAACAGGGCGAGUCCUGCUUCUAUCUAUCUAUGGAUUUAUAUAGUGUAUAAACAGAGCGAGCCCUGCUUCUAUCUAUCUAUGGAUUUAUAUAGUGUAUAAACAGAGCGAGCCCUGCUUCUAUCUAUCUAUGGAUUUAUAUAGUGUAUAAACAGAGCGAACCCUGCUUCUAUCUAUCUAUGGAUUUAUAUAGUGUAUAAACAGGGCGAGCCCUGCUUCUAUCUAUCUAUGGAUUUAUAUAGUGUAUAAACAGAGCGAGCCCUGCUUCUAUCUAUGGAUUUAUAUAGUGUAUAAACAGAGCGAGCCCUGCUAUCUAUCUAUGGAUUUGUAUAGUGUAUAAACAGUGCGAGUCCUGCUUCUAUCUAUCUAUGGAUUUAUAUAGUGUAUAAACAGAGCGAGCCCUGCUUCUAUCUAUCUAUGGAUUUAUAUAGUGUAUAAACAGAGCGAGCCCUGCUUCUAUCUAUCUGUGGAUUUAUAUAGUGUAUAAACAGAGCGAGCCCUGCUUCUAUCUAUCUAUGGAUUUAUAUAGUGUAUAAACAGAGCGAGCCCUGCUUCUAUCUAUCUAUGGAUUUAUAUAGUGUAUAAACAGAGCGAGCCCUGCUUCUAUCUAUCUAUGGAUUUAUAUAGUGUAUAAACAGAGCAAGCCCAGCUUCUAUCUAUCUAUGGAUUUAUAUAGUGUAUAAACAGAGCAAGCCCUGCUUCUAUCAAUCUUUGGAUUUAUAUAGUGUAUAAACAGAGCGAGCCCUGCUUCCAUCUAUCUAUGGAUUUAUAUAGUGUAUAAACAGAGCGAGCCCUGCUUCUAUACAUCUAUAGAUUUAUAUAGUGUAUAAACAGAGCGAUCUCUGCUUCUAUCUAUCUAUGGAUUUAUAUAGUGUAUAAACAGAGCGAGCCCUGCUUCUAUCUAUCUAUGGAUUUAUAUAGUGUAUAAACAGAGCGAGUCCUGCUUCUAUCAAUCUAUGGAUUUAUAUAGUGUAUAAACAGAGCGAGCCCUGCUUCUAUCUAUCUAUAGAUUUAUAUAGUGUAUAAACAGAGCGAGCCCUGCUUCUAUCUGUCUAUGGAUUUAUAUAGUGUAUAAACAGAGCGAGCCCUGCUUCUAUCUAUGGAUUUAUAUAGUGUAUAAACAGAGCGAUCUCUGCUUCUAUCUAUGAAUUUAUAUAGUGUAUAAACAGAGCGAACCCUGCUUCUAUCUAUCUAUGGAUUUAUAUAGUGUAUAAACAGAGCGAGCCCUGCUUCUAUCUAUCUAUGGAUUUAUAUAGUGUAUAAACAGAGCGAGCCCUGCUUCUAUCUAUCUAUGGAUUUUAUAUAGUGUAUAAACAGAGCGAGCCCUGCUUCUAUCUAUCUAUGGAUUUAUAUAGUGUAUAAACAGAGCGAGCCCUGCUUCUAUCUAUCUAUAGAUUUAUAUAGUGUAUAAACAGAGCGAGCCCUGCUUCUAUCUGUCUAUGGAUUUAUAUAGUGUAUAAACAGAGCGAGCCCUGCUUCUAUCUAUGGAUUUAUAUAGUGUAUAAACAGAGCGAUCUCUGCUUCUAUCUAUGAAUUUAUAUAGUGUAUAAACAGAGCGAACCCUGCUUCUAUCUAUCUAUGGAUUUAUAUAGUGUAUAAACAGAGCGAGCCCUGCUUCUAUCUAUCUAUGGAUUUAUAUAGUGUGUAAACAGAGUGAGCCCUGCUUCUAUCUAUCUAUGGAUUUAUAUAGUGUGUAAACAGAGUGAGCCCUGCUUCUAUCUAUCUAUGGAUUUAUAUAGUGUAUAAACAGAGCGAGCCCUGCUUCUAUCUAUCUAUGGAUUUAUAUAGUGUAUAAACAGAGCAAGCCCUGCUUCUAUCUAUCUAUGGAUUUAUAUAGUGUAUAAACAGAGCGAGUCCUGCUUCUAUCUAUGAAUUUAUAUAGUGUAUAAACAGAGUGAGCCCUGCUUAUAUCUAUCUAUGGCUUUAUAUAGUGUAUAAACAGAGCGAGCCCUGCUUCUAUCUAUCUAUGGAUUUAUAUAAUGUAUAAACAGAGCGAGCCCUGCUUCUAUCUAUCUAUGGAUUUAUAUAGUGUAUAAACAGAGCGAGCCCUGCUUCUAUCUAUCUAUGGAUUUAUAUAGUGUAUAAACAGAGCGAGCCCUGCUUCUAUCUAUCUAUGGAUUUAUAUAGUGUAUAGACAGAGCGAGCCCUGCUUCUGUCUAUCUAUGGAUUUAUAUAGUGUGUAAACAGAGCGAGCCCUGCUUCUAUCUAUGGAUUUAUAUAGUGUAUAAACAGAGCGAGCCCUGCUGCUAUCUAUCUAUGGAUUUAUAUAGUGUAUAAACAGAGCGAGCCGUGCUUCUAUCUAUCUAUGUAUUUAUAUAGUGUAUAAACAUAGCGAGCCCUGCUUCUAUCUAUGGAUUUAUAUAGUGUAUAAACAGAACGAGCCGUGCUUCUAUCUAUCUAUGGAUUUAUAUAGUGUAUAAACAGAGCGAGCCCUGCUUCUAUCUAUGGAUUUAUAUAGUGUAUAAACAGAGCAAGCCCUGCUUCUUUCUAUCUAUGGAUUUAUAUAGUGUAUAAACAGAGCGAGCCCUGCUUCUUUCUAUCUAUGGAUUUAUAUAGUGUAUAAACAGAGCGCGUCCUGCUUCUAUCUAUCUAUGGAUUUAUAUAGUGUAUAAACAGAGCGAGCCCUGUUUCUAUCUAUCUAGCACAGAACGAACCGUGCUUCUAUCUAUCUAUGGAAGCCCUGAUUCUAUCUAUCUAAGGAUUUAUAUAGUGUAUAAACAGAGCGAGCCUUGCUUCUAUCUAUCUAUGGAUUUAUAUAGUGUAUAAACAUAGCGAGCCCUGCUUCUAUCUAUGGAUUUAUAUAGUGUAUAAACAGAACGAGCCGUGCUUCUAUCUAUCUAUGGAUUUAUAUAGUGUAUAAACAGAGCGAGCCGUGCUUCUAUCUAUCUAUGGAUUUAUAUAGUGUAUAAACAGAACGAGCCGUGCUUCUAUCUAUCUAUGGAUUUAUAUAGUGUAUAAACAGAGCGAGCCCUGCUUCUAUCUAUGGAUUUAUAUAGUGUAUAAACAGAGCGAGCCCUGCUUCUAUCUAUCUAUGGAUUUAUAUAGUGUAUAAACAGAAUGAGCCCUGCUUCUAUCUAUCUAGCACAGAAACGCAGCCAGUGUUUCUAUCUAACACUCAUGGAAGCCCUGCUUCUAUCUAUCUAAUGAUUUAUAUAGUGUAUGUUCGUAGAGUAGCCCUGCUUCUAUUCCAUCUAUGAUUUAUAUAGUGUAUAAAACAGAGCGCAGCCCUGCUUCUUUCUAUCUAUGGAUUUUUUAUAGUAUAAAACAGAGUAGCCCUUUCCUCUUUCUAUCUAUGGAUUUAUAUAGUGUAUAAACAGAGCUGCAGCCCUGCUUUUCUAUCUAUGGAUUUAUAUAUAGUGUAUAAACAGAGAGCUGUUCUCUUUCUAUCUAUGAUUUAUAUGUAUAAAACAGAAUGAGCCGUGUUUCUAUCUAUCUAUGUAUUAUAUAGUGUAUAAACAUAGCAGCUCCCGCUUCUAUCUAUGGAUAUAUAUAUAGUGUAUAAACAGAGCGAGCCCUGCUUCUAUCCAUCUAUGGAUUUAUAUAGUGUAUAAACAGAGUGAGUCCUGCUUCUAUCUAUGGAUUUAUAUAGUGUAUAAACAGAGCGAGCCCUGCUUCUAUCUAUCUAUGGAUUUAUAUAGUGUAUAAACAGAAUGAGCCCUGCUUCUAUCUAUCUAUGGAUUGAUAUAGUGUAUAAACAGAGCGAGCCCUGCUUCUAUCUAUCUAUGGAUUUAUAUAGUGUAUAAACAGAAUGAGCCGUGCUUCUAUCUAUCUAUGUAUUUAUAUAGUGUAUAAACAUAGCGAGCCCUGCUUCUAUCUAUGGAUUUAUAUAGUGUAUAAACAGAGCAAGCCCUGCUUCUAUCUAUCUAUGGAUUUAUAUAGUGUAUAAACAGAGCGAGCCCUGCUUCUAUCUAUCUAUGGAUUUAUAUAGUGUAUAAACAGAGCGAGCCCUGCUUCUAUCUAUCUAUGGAUUUAUAUAGUGUAUAAACAGAGCGAGCCCUGCUUCUAUGUAUGGAUUUAUAUAGUGUAUAAACAGAGCGAGCCCUGCUUCUAUCUAUGGAUUUAUAUAUAGUGUAUAAACAGAGCGAGCCCUGCUUCUAUCUAUCUAUGGAUUUAUAUAGUGUAUAAACAGAGCGAGCCCUGCUUCUAUCUAUGGAUUUAUAUAGUGAAUAAACAGAGCGAGCCCUGCCUCUAUCUAUCUAUGGAUAUAUAUAGUGUAUAAACAGAGCGAGCCCUGCUUCUAUCUAUCUAUGGAUUUAUAUAGUGUAUAAACAGAGCGAGCCCUGCUUCUAUCUAUCUAUGGAUUUAUAUAGUGUAUAAACAGAGCGAGCCCUGCUUCUAUGUAUGGAUUUAUAUAGUGUUUAAACAGAGCGUGCCCUGCUUCUGUCUAUCUAUGGAUUUAUAUAGUGUAUAAACACAGCGAGCCCUGCUUCUAUCUAUGGAUUUAUAUAGUGUAUAAACAGAGCGAGCCCUGCUUCUAUCUAUGGAUUUAUACAGUGUAUAAACAGAGCAAGCCCUGCUAUCUAUCUAUGGAUUUAUAUAGUGUAUAAACAGAGCGAGCCCUGCUUCUAUCUAUCUAUGGAUUUAUAAAGUGUAUAAACAGAGCGAGUCCUGCUUCUAUCUAUCUAUGGAUUUAUAUAGUGUAUAAACAGAGCGAGCCCUGCUUCUAUCUAUCUAUGGAUUUAUAUAGUGUGUAAACAGAGUGAGCCCUGCUUCUAUCUAUGGAUUUAUAUAGUGUAUAAACAGAGCGAGCCCUGCUAUCUAUCUAUGGAUUUAUAUAGUGUAUAAACAGAGCGAGCCCUGCUUCUAUCUACCUAUGGAUUUAUAUAGUGUAUAAACAGAGCGAGCCCUGCUUCUAUCUAUCUAUGGAUUUAUAUAGUGUAUAAACAGAGCGAGCCCUGCUUCUAUCUAUCUAUGUAUUUAUAUAGUGUAUAAACAGAGCGAGCCCUGCUUCUAUCUAUCUAUGGAUUUAUAUAGUGUAUAAACAGAGCGAGCCCUGCUUCUAUCUAUCUAUGGAUUUAUAUAGUGUAUAAACAGAGCGAGCCCUGCUUCUAUCUAUCUAUGGAUUUAUAUAGUGUAUAAAUAGAGCGAGCCCUGCUUGUAUCUAUCUAUGGAUUUAUAUAGUGUAUAAACAGAGCGAGCCCUGCUUCUAUCUAUCUAUGGAUUUAUAUAGUGUAUAAACAGAGCGAGCCCUGCUUCUAUCUAUCUAUGGAUUUAUAUAGUAUAUAAACACAGCGAGCCCUGCUUCUAUCUAUGGAUUUAUAUAGUGUAUAAACAGAGCGAGCCCUGCUUCUAUCUAUCUAUGGAUUUAUACAGUGUAUAAACAGAGCAAGCCCUGCUUCUAUCUAUCUAUGGAUUUAUAUAGUGUAUAAACAGAGCGAGCCCUGCUUCUAUCUAUCUAUGGAUUUAUAAAGUGUAUAAACAGAGCGAGUCCUGCUUCUAUCUAUCUAUUGAUUUAUAUAGUGUAUAAACAGAGCGAGCCCUGCUUCUAUCUAUCUAUGGAUUUAUAUAGUGUAUAAACAGAGCGAGCCCUGCUUCUAUCUAUCUAUGGAUUUAUAUAGUGUAUAAACAGAGCGAGCCCUGCUUCUAUCUAUCUAUGGAUUUAUAUAGUGUAUAAACAGAGCCAGCCCUGCUUCUAUCUAUCUAUGGAUUUAUAUAGUGUAUAAACAGAGCGAGCCCUGCUUCUAUCUAUCUAUGGAUUUAUAUAGUGUAUAAACAGAGCGAGCCCUGCUUCUUUCUAUCUAUGGAUUUAUAUAGUGUAUAAACAGAGCGAGCCCUGCUUCUAUCUAUCUAUGGAUUUAUAUAGUGUAUAAGCCCACUUUACCAAAACUCCUUCAUUAAGAUAAAGUUCUUUUGAUGUCUAUAGUGUCCCUUUAAGAUACAAAUGAAAAUGACUUAUUUAAAAGAACACUCAAAGCAGCAUAACUAGAGCUAUUGUAGUUGUUAUGGUGUGUGGAGUGUUCCUUUAAUUCCUCUCGUUACUGGAAGCUCCUAAGCGAAGCCUUUGUGUCUAGGGCGGGCUCAUUGGCGGAGACUGUCGGUUUGGCUCUUUUAACCAAUGAGCCGCCCUACACACAAAAGCUUUUGCAGCUCUCUAAUCUCUUAGAACCCUGUCCUGUUACAAGCAAUGUGUUUGUUUCAUACCUCCUACCUGUUAUGGAUUUGGUGGCUCCUUUCUGAAUUGUGAUGACACCACAGUCAGUAAUGUCUGUGAAUUGAUAGGUUUCACAGGUCCGAUACUGCCGCUAUACCUAGUUCUGAGGUUAUUAACGGAGACAUUGACACAAUGGCAGGGUGAGGAUUGUCAGGAAUUCCAAAUUUUAGGCCAAAAUACCUUUUCUGAGUACAAAGCAGAGAUUGACAAUUUCUCUCAUUUUUAGCUGUUUUUGUUCUAUAAUUUUAAAUUAACUGGAAUUGAAUUCCCAGUGUUUCACACUUUUGACAUAAUUUUAUAUUAUAUAUCAUUUGUAAAUUCCUGCCGUUUUAGAUGAAUUCUUGAGAUUGUUUCCUCAGCUUCCAAAACAGCAAAUGUCCUUACUGCUGCUUUGGAAUUCCCACAAUGUACCUCGCUUUCCAUGUUCUAAUCAUAGUGCAGAUUUGGAAUUCCCAUGAUGUCUCUCGCAUUCCGUGUUCUGUCCUUACUGCUGCUUUGGAAUUCCCACGAUGUCUCUCACGUUCUGUGUUCUGUCCUUACUGCUGCUUUGGAAUUACUUGGGAUUCCCACGGUGUCUCUCACACUCAGUGUUCUGUCCUUACUGCUGCUUUUGAAUUCCCACGAUGUCCCUCGCUUUCCGUGUUCUAAUCGUAGUGCUGAUUUGGAAUUCCCAUGAUGUCUCUCACGUUCUGUGUUCUGUGUUCUGUCCUUACUGCUGCUUUGAAAUUCCCACAAUGUGCCUCGCGUUCUGUGUUCUGUCCUUAUUGUUGCUUUUGAAUUUCCACGGUGUCUCUCACACUCCAUGUUCUGUCCUUACUGCUGCUUUGGAAUUCCCACGAUGUCCCUCGCUUUCCGUGUUCUAAUCGUACUGCUGCUUUGGAAUUCCCAUGAUGUCUCUCGCAUUCCGUGUUCUGUCCUUACUGCUGCUUUGGAAUUCCCAUGAUGUCUCUCACGUUUCGUGUUCUGUCCUUACUGCUGCUUUGAAAUUCCCACAAUGUGCCUCGUGUUCUGGGUUCUGUCCUUAUUGUUGCUUUGGAAUUCCCUCGAUGUCCCUCGCGUUCCAUGUUUAGGAACUGCUACACCAAUGCACAUUUUAAUUUCUAGUUAUGUGAUCAGAUUUUAAUCGUAUCCAUGCCGCCCUUCCUUUAAUCUCACAAACAAAUUGUCAGCUUCAGUUUUUCAGUCUUUGUUGUAAAAUGAAGAGGAAUUUGUAUAUCUGAAAUUACAGGUUAUCAACAUAUCUUUCUGUAACUACACAAAAACUUGCUAGCCCUUCCAGAGUGUGCAGUGUGCACGAAUAUAAAGUAGUGAUUUUUGUUAACAACCAAUCAGAAAAAAGUUAGGUACUCUAAAACUCCCCUCCCCAUGCAUCAUUUCCUCUUUCAAGCUGCGACAAAACAGAACAAAAGGCAAAAAAUAUAAUGGGGAAGAAACAAAGUCCUAGAAACAAUGAAUACAACAAUGUCCACCAUCCGAGGGGAACUGCCAAACCAGAUAGCGUUGAUGGACUGUAAACUGAAACAAGAAAAAACAGAAUCGAACAGGCUGGUUAGCCAAUGAAAUGUACUCUGAACAAACAUGUAGGUACCCAAUGUAGCAACCAAAUAUACCCUAAUAUGUCGAUAUCCCAACCCUGCUUGUGAAAAAUUAGACAUUAAACAAGUGGCAUACGUACCUGAUAAACCCAAACUAUUAAAAUUAAACAAGGGAGGGAUAAAAAUGGGCGGGAAAUACUCUCGUCCUGUCAUUAACAAAAUUAAAAUUAUAGGUACACUAAAGCUAGCAUAAUCUACAAUUUUAUAAGAUGACAGGAGGCUUCGUAUUUGCUGUUUUAACGCUCAGUCAACAAAUCCAAUGCUGUUUGUUUCGCUGGUUCCUAUUCCGGGAGAUAACUAGAGCAAUCCCCAAUAGACCCUCCAACUGUGAGAAGUUACAGUAGACGUAUCAAUGAAGAUGCUAGCUGUCGAUGUACUCCAAAUACGGGAAAAACUCCAUCCGCUGUUAGAUCCACUGUAUGUGGGGUUACGACCUGUUUCCUAGCAGACGUCCAUGAACUGCAAAGCUGACCUAUUAACCAUUUCCCUGUAAUUGUAAAACACAGAGGGUGUAAGGAAACAAAGUAUAUUUAAACCUCCUUUGGUAGUUUCCUCCCGAACCGCCAGAGCCUUAGUGAUUAUAGCCCUCUGUUCGGUAGUUAGGGUAGACGAAUCCUAUAGCAAUUACAAUAGUCUCACCAGAUAAUUCCCUCCGUGAAACACACGAAUCUCCAAACAUCAGCCGAAGUCAAGAUGAAGGGUACAAAAUGAACUGUCCUUUAAUGGGUGCACACAGCUUUUAUGCAAGUCCCCAAGCAAGGGGACAGCCCUCACGGAGGGACAAACAGUAACCAAUCACAAACGGUAAAAUGUUAACAUACACGCACAAUUCCCUCCCCUAGCCCAUGAGAUAAUUUAGUCUGAUAAAAUAGUAACUUAAUUAUCUCCGGGCUGAAAAAUCACUUUUUCCCCAACUUUCAGAACAUACUGGAGUUAUCCCCAUAAAUUAUGUGUCCCCUGAUAGCCCUGAUCUGGGUGACCAACAUAUUCGAAUUUCACCCAGAUCGGUUCAGGGGUUCGCAAAUUUUAUGGAAGUCUUGUGUGACCGGCUAACCCUGGGCUGCAUGCCCAAAACAGUUCCACGAAUUUGGUGGGUUUUGCCGGUCACUUUCGAAAAAACAUAAAAACGAAUAAAAAUACCAAAUGGAUCCCUCUGGCUCCUAGCAGCGUUCGUGCCCCUCUGUCGCAUGCACCAAAGUACCGAAUAGCGCUCUUCUAGCUAUUCGGUAAAUAGAGUUCCAGCGUUCGUCUGUUUGGGACCGUUGUUAGGGAAGUCUAGUGUCCGCAAAACAGUUCCAUGCAUUUGACGACCAGGUGUCGCUGCCUUUGUUCACAUGAACAAAGAUGGCCGCGGUUUUCUCUGCCACGUGGUGUUCGACUAACGAACGCUGGCCGCACAGACAGAGGUAGCAAGUUCACCUAAACCUUUGAUGUUUAAUGAGCCAGAGGGUGGUCCUUGUUCGGUAGUUCCAUCUACCGAAUGAAAUAGGCAGCAAUAGAUAAUAGUACAUCACAUAGGGAACGGGGGGGGGCGGUUUCUUCACAGAGGGUCAUCCGUGGAUUUAGGAACGCGAGAAAAACUGCCACCAGGUAGUGCUGUAAAUUCCUGCCGUUUUAGAUGAACUCUUGAGAUUGUUUCCUCAGCUUCUAAAACAGCAAAUGUCCUUACUGCUGCUUUGUAAUUCCCAAGAUGUCCCUCGCGUUCCGUGUUCUGUCCUUACUGUUGCUUUGGAAUUCCCACAAUAUCUCUCACGUUCCGUGUUCUCCUGUCGUUAGUGAAGGGACUUUACGUCUUACCUGCGUAUCUGAGAACGCUAUGAGUUUGUGGGACUCCAGGCUAUUCCUAUAGCUCGGUUCUAGAAUUCACAUUCCUGGGUCCCUUGACCUACAGGGACCUAAGGUCUCACUAUAUUAUACCUUAUCUUGAAGGUGGCGUGCUGACCAAGAGUACCUCCACGAACUUUGACAGGUCGGGCAUGGAACGGGAUCGUACAGACGAUUAAUAAGAUUAUUCACUCUCCCCCUAAUCAGUCGCCAGUCUCACGGACGGAAGUCCUGCUCCAACAUGGUCGUUUCAUUUUUUCGGCAGCCGGCAUACACUUCGUACCGUUUUCGAAGCCCUUGCGGUCCACCACGCGAAUACAGCAGGGAGGACAAGUGUUCGUCUAUGCAGGACCCCAUUACCCUUGGAUCCGGACUACCUGUCACUCCCCGAUGAAGAUAUAUUUGGAUGGAAAUCUCCUCUAGUUUCGUUGCCCUCUUUUGGUUAUAUCCAGGAUUUACAGUUCCCCAGAGUAGUCGAUCACCAUUUUGCUACGCUAGUUCAGUGUUGGGACUCUGAUUGGACGUCUCUUGGGAGUACCUUAUUCUAACACAGUUGCAGGUUACGCAGUCCAUUUGGAGUACUGGAAACACUCUUCCCGGCUUAAUAGGUUAAUUCUCGGACGAGACCACUCACCAGUUAGGUCAUGAGGGAACGAUAAGACUAUUCGGUUCGGUUACGGAAUUGGUGGUAGACUCAGACGCAUUACCUGAGGUUUGAAUUUUGUCUACAAGGCCACAUCACCUGGUGAUUCCGGCACGAUUGAAGAAGCCAUCUUCCACAUCAAAGGUCUGUUUUGGAAGCUGAGGAAACAAUUUGCUAGUAAUUCCAAAGCAGCAGUAAGGACAGAACAUUAGCGACAUCAUGGGAAUUCCAAAGCAGCACUAAGGAACAUGGAAUGUGAGAGACAUCGUGGUCACGUAUCUCCAUGAGUAGGCCCUAGGCCAAGGGACCGAGGAAUAUGAAUUCGAGAACAGAGUUAUAGGAAUAGCCUGGAGUCCUACAAACUCAUAGUGUUGUCAGAUACGCAGGUAAGACGUAAAGUCCCUUCACUAACGAGAGGAGAACACGGAACGUGAGAGACAUUGUGGGAAUUCCAAAGCAGCAGUAAGGACAGAACACGGAACGCGAGGGACAUCGUGGGAAUUCCAAAGCAGCAGUAAGGAAAGAACACGGAACGCAACAGGAAACGCCAGAGAACAGAUAUAGCAAACAAACAAGGUCCUAGCUUCAACCAUCCGAAGCAGGGGCCGACCAGUUUGGGAACGUCAGCAGUCAUAUGCGAGCCUGCUACAGAUCCUGAGCAUUACUCCAGCUGUAGGUUGCAUUCUGACUUUGACGUCUGUGUAGGAGUCAGGGUAAACAGGGUGCUCCCCCCCCCCAUAGAGUUCAAGCAGGCCUCCUUGACGGUAGUUGAAUAGGUGGGUUAGCGGAAACCCACAACCAAGAAGGUUCCCGUGAGGGAUUAAAGCAUAGAAGAGGGUCCUCCAUAACCGAAUCAUGUUCUCAGAGGAGCAGAGUUAGUCCUGUCAUCUAUCCCAAGAUUGUUAGCAACCAGGGAACCCAAAGUCAACCGAAGAUUCCGUUCUUUGCAUGUGAUCUAUGCGUACGGUGUACCUGCAGCCCGGGUUGUGGGCCUUCCCCAGUCUUGUCACGCGGGUAAGGCAGUGCACGUUUUCUCUAUGAAGGCCUCAGGAUCUCAUGUCACCUUGACAUGGGUAAAAACAGUCAGAACCGUUUGUACGCAAUGGUCUGUAUAACCUAGCCAGAGUGAGAUUGUUUGUUUGAUAUAAUGUAGAUCAUAUUAAAACCUGCACUCUUGUAAUAACUUAGGCACCUCCGUUAGCCAUACCGUCUCCAGGAGUACAUCCAAUAGAUAGGUAUAGGGUCACCAAUAUAAUGGGUCGAUCCUGGGAGCUGUACCUAAGAUGGUCAGUUCAAACAGCCCCUAUACUGUCCCAUAAAGUCUCAGGGCAGCAUGUAAAAUAAGGUGCGGAAACUCCCCCAGUAAUAUCUCAGUGAGUAUUUCUCGCGUGAGAUACAGUGGUACACUGAGAACAGUCUCCUGUAUCCAUCUCAGUAUCGGACUGAGGUUGGAGGAGGGCCACGCCCUCUAAUAACGAAUCAGUGUCCGGUUCAGUAUAUGAGGGGCUCGUUCUCUACUCGUGUAAAUAAAUAUCAGUCUUGGGCCGAGGUGAUGGAGGGCCGCACCCUCUUGCAAUUCAAACUAGAGUCCAUAUCAGGCUCAGGGUGACCAACUGCGGGGUUCACCAUAUAAAAAUACCAGCGUAGGACUGAAGUCCUGAGGGGGGGUCCCUCUCUGACCACGAGACCUCUUCUCUGAAUCACUUACCUGAGAGGUCGGAUCAACUGGUAAUAAACUAGACCGAUGGUAGACGGAGUAGUGUAUGACCUCGGGCCGUGCCCAUCUUUAAUAACAGAAAGGGAUGUUGAAAGAAAGCAAACUCUGGAAUAAUGAUGGAAUCUACCAACGGACCGCCUGGAUCCUGUGCGCGCGAUCCAGGAUGACCGUCGGUAGCCUGAGGAAAGCUGGAGACGUUCUCUGUGAUCCACGAGAGCCCGGGAGGUCGGAGGAGGUCAAGUCAGGCCUAUUGACGACCUGAGCGAUAGGAGAAUUGAAAGGCACGAAAACAAAGAAAUGACAAUUAAUGUAGAUAAAGGUAAAUACGUACCUCGGAGAGAAGCUAAAUGGCAGACCGGAAAAGCAAGUCAAGUAAACCCAACUGAAAGGGCCAGGAGCUAAACAUGACGCAGGAAUAACUACCAAUACCUAAGAUGGAUACCGGAAAGGCAGCUAAAGGGAUAGUUGCUAAAGACAAGGAAACUCCGUGCUCCCCUGUUGGUGUCGGAGUACUGGUCCCUGCAUGUGUGAAGUUCUCCUUGGAGAUGUGCCGUCGCCGCGCUGGCGUAAACCAUGGUUGCGUGCCUGGGGAUCUUUGUAACGGAACUCCCCGUACUCCGGCUGAGUACCUUCUGUUGAUGGAUAUAUACAACUUUUAUAUACAACUUUCCCAGCAAGGUGGGAGACCUUGUGGGGCACUGGAACUGUAAAUUUAACAACCAAUAAAACAUACUUUUGCCAUUUUUGUUACUUUGUGAGUUUACAUGCAAUAUCAAUAAUGCAAUAUCAAUUUUUAUAACCAGCAUAAUUUGGGGACAAACAUAUCCAAAAUUCACUUAAAUCGGUUAAGUGGUUCAGGAGAUGGGUGGAAGUCAUAUUCUGACCGAGGAGGGACAAAGCAGCUAGUUCCAACUGGUUUGGCAGUGUCCCUGGGACAACGCCCUGCUGGAGAACAAUGGGACAGGGGGAGGGGAAGAGGCACACCUUCCCAUGGAUUCAAAGGGGCAGAAAAAGUUUCAAUAUGUCCAUACACUGUUUUUAAAGGGCCAGCACUUGUCCAAAUAAAAGUCCAUAAGACCUAUAGUGUUUUUAAAGGGCCACACACCCCCGGGCCAUAGUUGCAGGGCAGGAGGCUGGCAAGCAAGCCUCUCCAGGACCAAGUGGGAAGAGCACUUCGUCACACAUCUCCCCUUUGGGAGGGAUACUAACCAGGCACUUGACCUUCUGUCGGUCAGUGCCUAAGUUAGUCGAUCCACCCACCCACCCACCCACAAAAAACAAGUGCCAGAGUAGUCCACCCACAACAAACAGUUACAAGAGCAGCCCACCAACAACAAACCGUUACUGCACCUGGGUAUUCCUCUGAGGUAACGUGGCAACACGCUGUGGGUGCUUGGGGGGCAGAGGCCAGCUGCCCUCUGCCCCGAUGCCAGCGCUUCUGCUGGGGUAGCCUGGUGGGGACUUGGCUGAGGAGGGAAGACAUCACUUACCCCCUCCUCCUGGUAUUCCUGCGAUGGUAGCUGCAGAGGGAGACCGACUGUCUCCACUCCCAUACCAUUGUUCUGCUGCUGGGGAGAGAGACUCUGCUCCCUGUGGGACACACUGCUGCUGGGGGGGGGAGGACGACACCUACGGCCCCCUGGGAUGCAUACUGCUGCUGGGGCGGGAGAUUGCUCGUCUCCACUCCCAAUCCAAUACUCUGCCGCUGGAGAGGGAGACCGAUUGUCUCCGCUCCCUGUAGUGCACACUGCCGCUGGGGAGAGAGGCCGGCUGCCUCCUCUCCCUGUAGAACACACUGCUGCUGGGGAGAAAGACCGGUUAUCUCCUCUCACUGAAACUCACCCUGCCACUGGGGAGUGAGGCUGAUUGCCUCCACUCCCUGUAGAACACACUGCUGCUGUGGAGAAAGACUGGUUGUCUCCUCUCCCUGAAGGACACGCUGUUGCUGGGGCGCAGGGAUGGAAUACUUUGCCAUCUCUGCCCGCCAUUCUGCCUCCUCCUGCAGCUCCUCGGACAGUUCUCUCUUCGUUUUCUGUACACGUUCCUCCUUUGGGUUGGGUCCAUAGAAAGCCAACCGCUCCAUGCUUGCUUGGUGUUCCCAGGAUGCUGCUGCUCCUUGCACUAGGAAAGCCAUCCCACCGCUGCCACCACUGUAACGGAACUCCCCGUACUCCGACUGAGUACCUUCCAUUGAUGGACGCUUCCUAGCUUGCGCCGAGGACCACAAGCACUGCACCAGACACCACAACCACCGCAGACUCCACAACCGCCAUAGCUUAACUGGAGUCUCGCCGUCUUCUGUCCACCCUGGAUCAGCUUCUGUCCUCCAGGACCGUGUGGGAUAGACCUCUCCUGCAGGAGAGCGUAUCAGGAACAAGCUCUUAAAAGUGCUAAGUGAUUAAAGCUCAGGGGAGUAUGCAGAGCAUAGCAAUCCCCAGUGUGAGUAUAGCUGUCCCCUCCUAUCAUGAGACAAGACUACGUGGUGAGGGUCAAGAAAAACUGACUCCAAUGAGCCUUUAUUCCUGCUUAUAUAAAACUUUCCCAGCAAAGUUACCACCCACGUGGACCUUGUGGGGCACUGGAACUGUAAAUUUAACAACCAAUAAAAUAAAGGCACAUGGAUAAGCACACCCACUUUUUACAAUGAGAAUCCUCCCCUCUGCUUGGGCAAUAAUUGAGUUAAUUACUGUAUCAUCUCAAUUAUCUCCAAGCUAAAAAAACAUACUUUUAUGCCAUUUUUGUAACUUUGUGAGUUUACCAAUCUUAUACUUCAUACUUAUAUUUUUAUAACCAGCAUAAUUUGGGGACAAACAUAUCCAAAAUUCACUUGAAUCGGUUAGGUGGUUCAGGAGAUAGGUGGAAGUCAUAUUUUGACCGAGGAGGGACAAAGCAGCUAGUUCCAACUGGUUUGGCAGUGUCCCUGGGACAACGCCCUUCUGGAGAAAAAUGGGACUGGGGGAGGGAAAGAGGCACACCUUCCCAUGGCCUCUCCAGGACCAAGUGGCGAAGGGCACUUCGUUACAAUCUUCAUAAAAGCCUUGCCCCAAGGGCAUGAGGUUUAGGGCCUUCACCCUUCCAAUCACAUUUAGGUGUCCGUGUACUGGUGUCCUUUUGGAUAGUAUGGCAGCAGUGCUUGUCUGGACACCCACCUAUCUCCAUGUCAAUAGUGGGUACUGGGCUUUCCUCAGUGAUAUUCCCCCAGGCCUGAGGCAAAAGGGGGUUCGGGCACAGAUAGAUCAGGCCAAGCAAUGGGCCCAGACAUAGCUGGCCAAUCAAAUGGGCCCAGACAUAGCUGGCCAAUCACAUGGGGCCAGACAUAGCUGGCCAAUCACAUGGGCCCAGACAUAGCUGGCCAAUCACAUGGGCCCAGACAUAGCUGGCCAAUCACAUGGGCCCAGACAUAGCUGGCCAAUCACAUGGGCCCAGACAUAGCUGGCCAAUCACAUGGGCCCAGACAUAGCUGGCCAAUCACAUGGGCCCAGACAUAGCUGGCCAAUUACAUGGGCCCAGACAUAGCUGGCCAAUCACAUGGGCCCAGACAUAGCUGGCCAAUCAGUGGGGCCCAGACCUAGCUGGUCAAUCAGUGGGGCGCAGACCUAGCUGGCCAAUCCAUGGGCGCAGACCUAGCUGGCCAAUCCAUGGGCGCAGACCUAGCUGGCCAAUCCAUGGGCGCAGACCUAGCUGGCCAAUCCAUGGGGCAAGCAAGUGGUGCGUCUAGGGAGCCGGCCGCAGCAAGUGGCCAUGCGGGAAAUAAGUUCCGGGUGCUCACGCUGCUUGUGAGCCCUCCAGGGCCGGUAGACCGCGCACUGGACUGUCGGACCUGCACACCGUGGUCAUGGAGGUCGGAGGUCUCGGAGGAGGCCGGUUGCAAAAAGCCUCCUGAGACCUCAGAGCGGUAAAAACUGCCAAAAAUAAAAUGGCAGAGGAUAGAAAAAGGGGAAUAAUGGCAAUAGACAGGGGGGUAUAUGAAGUCACAGUAAGGAAUAUGACGGUACAGUAAAGUAUAUAAAGGCACCGUAAGGUGUGUAUAUAUAAAGGCACAGUAAUGUCUAUGAAGGCACAGUAAGGCUCACAAAGACCCCCACCCAUGAAUCCAAAGACAGUCUAACAAAAAUAUGGGAAGCAUAAAAUGCACUGAAAAUCCCCCAAUAAACCUCUAUAAAGAGCUGUAAAAAGGCAAUAAAUCCCAAAGCCACCAACUAGAAGCAGGAGGCAGUGGUACUCUGACCUGUACUGAUGCGGAGCAGCAAAGAAAGAGAAAAUGAUGCAUAGGGAGGGGAGUUUUAUAGUACCUAACUUUUUUCUGAUUGGUUGUUUUCUGUGCUGCUGUGGAGUUCUAGUAAAGAGAGACUUAAGCAAAUACAAUACGAAGCCUCCUGUUAUAAAAUUACUUGCGUCAUUACUUGUGACUUUAUUAUCCCUUUAAUAUUCCAAUUUGCCUUCUGGUUUGGUUUUGAUGCUCAUUAAAUGUUGUCUCCAAUGUCUGCAGGCUGCUUGGAUGAGGAAUGGGAGAGUAUGAAGGGGGACACUGGUCCAUCAACUGGGAAGAAAAAAGUGAAGAAACAAGGAGAGAAGAAAAAAAAGAACAAAAAUAAGACCUUAGGCAUGAAAGACAAGAAUAUCCAGAUUGAAAGCCCUGAAACACAGACUCUUCAAAAUGGAGCCAAAGAGGAACUCUAGCAUCCCAUGAGCCUAUAACCCAGCCUCUCUCCAACCAACCUGGGGUUUACCAUAUCCUAUCUCCCAGUUGAUAUAACCUGUCUCCAUCCAACCUGGGAUGUACCAUAUCCCAUCUCCCAGCUGAUACAGCCUCUACCCCACCAACCUGGGCUUUACCAUAUCCCAUCCCCUAGCUGAUAUAUCCUCUCCCCAACUAACAUGGGAUUUGCCAUAUCCCAGCUGGUACAGCCUCUCCCCAACUAACAUGGGAUUUACCAUAUCCCAUCUGCCAGCUGAUAUAUCCUCUCCCCAACUAACAUGGGAUUUACCAUAUCCCAUCUCCCAGCUGAUAUAUCCUCUCCCCAACUAACAUGGGAUUUACCAUAUCCCAGCUGGUACAGCCUCUCCCCAACUAACAUGGGAUUUACCAUAUCCCAUCCCCUAACUGAUAUAUCCUCUCCCCAACUAACAUGGGAUUUACCAUAUCCCAUCCCCUAGCUGAUAUAUCUUCUCCCCAACUAACAUGGGAUUUACCAUAUCCCAUCUCCCAGCUGAUACAGAUUCUCCCCAACUAACAUGGGAUUUACCAUAUCCCAUCUCCCCACUGAUACAGAUUCUCCCCAACUAACAUGGGAUUUACCAUAUCCCAGCUGGUACAGCCUCUCCCCAACUAACAUGGGAUUUACCAUAUCCCAUCCCCUAGCUGAUAUAUCUUCUCCCCAACUAACAUGGGAUUUACCAUAUCCCAUCUCCCAGCUGAUACAGAUUCUCCCCAACUAACAUGGGAUUUACCAUAUCCCAGCUGGUACAGCCUCUCCCCAACUAACAUGGGAUUUACCAUAUCCCAUCUCCCAGCUGAUACAGACUCUCCCCAACUAACAUGGGAUUUACCAUAUCCCAUCUCCCAGCUGAUACAGACUCUCCCCAACUAACAUGGGAUUUACCAUAUCCCAUCUCCCAGCUGGUACAGCCUCUCCCCAACUAACAUGGGAUUUACCAUAUCCCAUCCCCUAACUGAUAUAUCCUCUCCCCAACUAACAUGGGAUUUACCAUAUCCCAUCCCCUAGCUGAUAUAUCCUCUCCCCAACUUACCUGGGGUUUGCCAUCUCUUAUCUCCCAGCUGGUACAGCCAUUCCCCAACUAACUGGGGUUUACCAUAUCCAUCUCCCAGCUGGUACAGCCCCUCUCCAUCCAACCUGGGGUUUACAACAUCCAUCUACAAGCUGGUACAGCCUCUCUCCAACCAACCGGGGGUUCACCGUAUCCCAAUUUCCAGCUGAUACAGCCUCUCUUCAUCCAACCUGGGGUUUACCAUAUCCCAUCUCCAAGCUGAUGCAGCCUCUCGCCAGCUAACCUGGGGUUUACCAUAUCCAUCUCCCAGCUGGUACAGCCCCUCUCCAUCAAACCUCUGGUUUACCAUAUCCAUUUCCCAGCUGCUACAGCUUAUCUCCAGCCAACCUGGGGUUUACCACAUCCCAUCUCCCAGCUGAUACUGCCUCUCCCCAACUAUCCUGGGGUUUACUAUAUCCCACCUCUCAAAUGAUGCAGCUUCUUGCCAUCCACCCUGGGGUUUACCAUAUCCAUCUCUAAGCUGACAUAAACUUUGUACUACAGACUCAGAGAGUACCUUUACCAUCCCACCAACCUGAGGUUUAUCUAAUCUACGCUCCCAGGAGCUACAGGCUCAGCAUAUUUUGUGGAUGCCUUUACCUCUGAACUCUGAAUUACCCAAAUACCAAAACAGUAGGGUAUUUAUAAUGCCUCACACCCUUUGUCCCCUUCCUCUAUUACAUGGAUUCUCCCCUUCAUGUUGGAGCAUAUGAUGAAUUUCAUGUCGAAUGUCUGUUGAACGUUAGGGGGACGAGCUGUGAGAUUUGACCUUUUGGAAUUCUGAUUCUUGGUCAUUUUAACUCUGGAAUCCAAGCACGCUCAUAUGGCUUUCUUCUGGGGUCUUAAGGAUGCAUUUGGCAGUCUUUACAUGAAGUGUUAUUUUCUAAGCAUUUUAUUGUUGCUGUAUUUUUAUAGGUCUUUAACUGUUUGUUUUAUCUAAGUGGUUAUGGCUCCCUCUGCUUUCGUCCAAUUGCUCUAGUCACUCCAGCCAUUACGCUCCCUCACUUUCUUAAUUCACUCGUGGCUCGUAAGAGCUGUAGUCUGUUUAACCUGCAGUUGAACCUGUGUGAAACUGAGCUUUGACGCAAAUCAGGUACUCCGCAUGCUGCUCCAUCCUACCAUUGUCUUACGGUCUCUGUUUUCUACAUCAUUAUACGACAUUGCUGCCUGUGCUAAAUUACACCACUUGCCUCCUGCCUCCACUCUCUUGUGCAAGUUUCUUUAUUUAUCUUUUCACUCAUUUCUUAUGUGCUCUAUCCUUUUAUUUUAUCAUCAUGUAUUUUUUUUGCUGUCAUUGGUUUUAUUUUUUCACAUCUUCUGCCUCCCCAUCAGUCCGUGAAGAGUGUCUUUUUUUUUUUUUGUGAAAAAUUAAUAAAAUUAUUUGAAGCCAUUCUUUUCCAACCUCCCUUUUCUGCUAAAAAUUCACAAAUAAACAAUUCUCUGGGGGGGAGCAAAUACAUUAAAACUUGCCUGAUCUACAGUGAUACGAAUCGGAUGGGUUUUAUACUCUCUCUUUUUGACUGGUCAGGAAUCCCUACCAUAAUCAGCAAGAUUCUAUUGUAGAUUCACCUAUUUGUAUUUGUGCCAGGGACAUAGUUUUGUACUUAUAGUUUAGGGAACUUGACAGAUUAGUUCUAAAUUCCCAAGGAUUCUAGUAGUUUUCCACUUCCAAGCAAGUGAUAGCACUGCAGAGACUAGAAAAUGAAAAUUUCUUCAACCGUUGUUACUCUGUAAUUUCUGCUAUUUACCUGGCCAACAUUUCCCAGAAAGAUUUAAAAGGAGCACCCUCCCACCAUAUGUGUAGCAUGGUACCUUUCUCUGAGACACAGCAUACAUUACUGGAACCUGGGUAAAGGCGUGCUAAUCGUGCUGGUACUAUGUACCACCUAUAUUGAAGUUUGCAGAGUAUUUCCAGUAGGAUUACACAUGUAGUCAGACCCUUAUGAAUCUGGUAGGCCAUUCUCCAUUGUUCUUCACCUAAUGAUUUGCCC